AUGCGCAACGCCUGGGACAAUGUGAUUUAUACCUGCUCGGUCCAGUUACUGUUCCGCGACGAAGCUGAGGUGGACGAGUGGUGCUCUACAAGGGGUAUCCCGAAAGGAGAUGUGCGGCCAAUUGAGCAAAUUUGGAACUUUGCUACUGAGUGGUAUGGACGUCACGCCGACGCCGACUGGACGAAGCGGUCGUUGCACGAUGCGGUAGAGAUUUUCCGCCGUCAUAACCUGACUGGUCCAACUUGGUCGAUUGGGGAUAACUCAGGGCGAUUUUGA